GCCGAAAGUAAUGUCACAUGUGUCAACCAACCUCUAAAGUCCAAGUGGGUGAUCGUCCAGCUGCGGUUCGGUCCAACAUCCUGUAAUCACACGCGUGGAAAUGUAUAAACGCGCACAAAACUGAGUGAGUUUAGAUGCUGGUGAUGGAGGCUGGUGGUCUGAGGGAUUAGGUGUCGUGUUUAUUAUGAACCGGGUCCAUCUGCGGCUCCGGUCCCUCACACCGCUGCUCGUUCGGGGCAGAGCUCUCUCCGCUGCGCCUCCGCCUGUCGCCCGCUGUCCCUCUCCCUUCCACCGGACUCUCAUCCAGCUUUUCCGAGCAAUGGCGACCCAGAGCAACCCGGAGAGCAUGCAGCCGCCGGGGGGGAAGAAGGCCAAGCACAAGGAGUCUCUGCGGCGGGUGAAGAGCAAAGAGAAACGGAAACAACGGGUGGAGUAUCACGGACCGUCCACGGUGUACCUGCAGGUGGUCGGUUCCGGUAGCAGAGACAAUGCUGCGUCACUGUACGUCUUCUCCGAGUUCAACAGAUAUCUGUUCAACUGUGGCGAGGGAACUCAGAGACUCAUGCACGAGCACAAACUGAAAGCUUCCCAUUUGGACAACAUCUUCCUGACCAGGCUGAGCUGGAUGAACGUGGGAGGUUUAUCAGGAAUGAUAUUAACCUUGAAGGACAUCGGUGUGCCAGAGUGUGUUCUCUCUGGACCUCCACAGCUGGAGAAAUAUCUGAACGCCAUCAAGACAUUUUCUGGACCUCUGGAUAACAUAAAGCUGUCGGUGCGGCCGUACACCGAAGAGCCGUACUCGGACGAGACGAUGACGGUUUAUCAAGUGCCGAUAUUUGCCCAGUCGAGGGGCGACGUCAGAAAUGUCUCCCCCAAGUCGAACAGGAGCCGAAGUCAAAGUCCUCCCUCUCCCAGGGAAGACGACCUCCACUCUAAGAGCCACGGAGACAGACCCGGAAGUCCAGGUAAAAGAGGAAAUGCAGCUAGAACUAUCUCCCCGCUGGUUUCCUUCAUAUGUAAGAUUCACCCAAAGAGAGGAAAUUUCUUAGUCCCUCAAGCCAUCGAGCUGGGUUUGCCUGUAGGUACGGCAGCCAUCGGUCCACUCAUAUCAGCUUUGAAGGAUGGGAAAACGAUCACGUAUAAUGGGAAAGAGAUCCGACCCGAGCAGGUUUGUACCCCCUCUGAACCCGGAGCAGUCUUUAUCGUCGUCGAGUGUCCGUCUGAGGAGUUCAUCGAAGCCGUUUGCACCAAUCAGCAGCUAAAAAGCUACCAAACAGGAGAAACAGAGGGCAAAGUUGUGUUGGUGGCCCACAUGACUCCGAAUUCUGUUUUGAAAACGGAUCAAUACAAGAAGUGGAUGGAGAGGUUUCCAUCCACAACAGAACACCUGAUCCUCAACGAACACGUCUGUUCGGUCCACAAUGUCAGAAGUCACAAGAUUCAAAUACAGCUCAACAUGAUCCACCCAGAGAUCUUUCCACAACUCCAGCCGUACGAAGUCAAGGAGCCUCAGGCCGCCCUGCACGUCCCCAGCGUCAGAGCCGAGUGUCUCCUCAAGUUCCAGCUCAGACCCGUAAUGGAGUGGCAAAGAGAUGCCAUCCCCUUCUGCAACACUGAGGAGUUUGUGAAAGAGGCUUCUGAGGUCCCAAACUUUCUGGAAGAAGUGGACGAGUGCAAGAAGAUGUGCUCCACUGAAGCUGCGGAGACUUCUGGGGAAGGAGAAAAAUACCCAGAGGUGGUUUUCAUAGGAACGGGAUCGGCUCUUCCAAUGAAGAUCAGAAACGUCAGCGGCACUUUAGUUAAUAUCAGUCCGAGUCAGUCGAUCCUGUUGGACUGUGGAGAGGGAACCUUCGGUCAGCUCUGCAGACACUACGGGGACGAUGUGGACGAAGUUCUGUCCAAGAUCUCGACUGUCUUCAUCUCACACAUGCACGCUGACCACCACACAGGGCUCCUCAUGUUGCUGUAUCAGAGGGAACGAGCGCUGACUGCGUUGGGAAAGGCGUUCAGCCCCGUCUUCCUGAUGGCUCCGAAUCAGAUCAUGAUCUGGCUCAGCCAGUAUCACCAUCACUGUGAGGAGAUCCUCCACCAUAUCAACUUCAUCUCAAACCACUCUCUGUGUGAAGGCAAAGACAACACAACACAGAACAAGGGAGACAACACAGAGAUGUUGAAAUCGCUUCUGAGGAACAACGAUCUGGAAAAGUUUCAGACGUGCCUAGUGCAUCACUGUAGGAACGCCUUCGCCUGCAGCUUCACUCACCAAUCAGGCUGGAAACUGGCCUUUUCUGGCGACACCAUGCCCUGCGACGCCUUCGUGUACAUCGGAAAGAAUGCAACCUUACUAAUCCACGAGGCCACGCUGGAAGACGGGCUGGAGGAGGAAGCUGAAGAGAAAAGACACAGCACGACCUCCCAGGCCAUCGAUAUCGGCAUGAGGAUGAACGCCGAGUUCAUCAUGCUGAACCACUUCAGCCAGCGCUACGCCAAGAUCCCUUUAUUCAGCAACGACUUCACUGACAGAGUGGGGAUCUCGUUCGACCACAUGAGAAUUCGCUUCGGGGACUUUAAAAUCCUGCCCAGGCUCAUUCCUGCGCUUCAAACCCUCUUCGCCACGGCGAUCGGCGAGAUGGAGGAGAAGAGGGAGAAGAGAGAGCGGGAGCAAAAGUACCUAAGAGGGGACUUCUCCGUGGUGGAUGGCGAGCCGAGGACGACCGACGCCGGCCGAGCUGCCAAGAGAGACCAGGAGGAGGCGGCGACGCACCACGUGGAGACGAAGAGACUGAAAACCAUCUGAAGCCGGAGAGAUGACUGAUUUCAGCUCAGAGAAAAGAACUUUAACUGAGAGCGUCCUGAGUUGUUUUUAUUUAAGUGAAUUUAAGACUUUUAUUUGGCUUGUGUGGUUUCAUGGAAGAAAAAACGCAUGUAUAUUUCUUUACAUUUGAGUAUACAAAGCUAAUGAAUAUAGGUUGUUUUUCAUUAAACAGAGGAAAUCAAAUACUAAACUGUA